CUUCCGAGGCGCGAGCCGAUUGGACGUAGGCUUGAGAGCCCGCCUUAGCAUCUCUGCCAUUGGACGUCGCUACUGUCAGUCUCGCAACAGCGUUUCCGGGACAGGCUCGGAAAAGGCCAUGAGAACCAAGCUACCAGAGUGAAAAACAGAUCUAAUGUAGGAUGAGAAAGAAGUCCAAAUCUGCUUUAUUUCCAUGUGGCUGGUACAGUGCAGAGAAACCUCGCCAGCUCCACCCAUUCUGGUCACCUUCUCAAACCUGUUCUACAUUAAGUCUUAGCACCACACACCAAGAGGAGCCAUCACAGAAGUAUGAAGAGGGGCGGUGAGGCCACAGCUGCCACCACCGUGCUGCUAGCCUGCAAGGAGCCAGGGCCACUGGACCGACGUCUGGAGGAGCCUUGGGGGCGCAGCCCGGAGCUCGGGUGCUGCUGAACUGCUGCAGAGGAGCCGCAGGGAGCAGCUGCUUUGGUAUUGGGAGUGGAUAAAUGAUGUGCACGACCCUGAGCCCCAAGGUUCGCAGCGGGCCUGGCCUGUCUGAUAUGCAUCAGUACAGCCAGUGGCUGGCCAGCAGACAUGAAGCUAAUUUGUUGCCGAUGAAAGAGGACUUGGCCUUGUGGCUAACCAACCUAUUAGGGAAGGAGAUAACCGCAGAAACCUUCAUGGAGAAGUUGGAUAAUGGUGCCUUGCUCUGUCAGCUUGCAGCAACUGUGCAGGAGAAGUUCAAAGAGAGCAUGGAUGCCAACAAACCUGCCAAGACUCUGCCACUGAAAAAGAUCCCCUACAAAGCCAGUGCACCCUCAGGCUCCUUUUUUGCCCGAGAUAACACAGCCAAUUUCUUAUCCUGGUGCCGAGACUUGGGGGUGGAUGAAACAUGUCUUUUUGAAUCUGAAGGCCUGGUUCUGCACAAGCAGCCCCGAGAAGUGUGUCUCUGUUUGCUAGAACUUGGUCGGAUUGCAGCCAGGUAUGGUGUGGAGCCUCCUGGUCUGAUAAAGCUGGAAAAAGAAAUUGAACAAGAAGAGACACUCUCUGCCCCAUCUCCUUCGCCUUCUCCUUCAUCAAAGUCUUCAGGAAAGAAGAGUACUGGGAACCUACUGGACGAUGCAGUAAAAAGAAUCUCUGAAGAUCCUCCCUGCAAGUGCCCAACCAAAUUCUGUGUGGAGCGGCUCUCUCAAGGUCGAUACAGAGUAGGCGAGAAGAUCCUCUUCAUCAGGGGUCUUCAUAGUUGUGCCUAUGUCUCAACAGCCAGAGCAAGGCAGACACUGCAGAUGCUGCACAACAAGCAUGUGAUGGUCCGUGUGGGAGGAGGCUGGGAGACCUUCGCGGGCUAUCUGCUCAAGCAUGACCCCUGCCGGGUGCUGCAGAUCUCCCGCGUGGAUGGCAAGACGUCCCCUGUCCAGAGCAAAUCCCCAACCUUGAAGGACAUGAACCCAGAUAAUUACCUGGUGGUCUCUGCCAGCUACAAGGCUAAGAAGGAGAUUAAAUGAAACUGGUCUCUAAAAGGCUCAUUUAAUGGGCUACAUCCAUUCUACAGUGUAGCCAGUGUAGUGCACAUGCUCUGAAAACCACACAUGUCGUCAGACUGGAAAAUACUAAAAUGGUAGCACUAUUUAUUUUUAAUGCAUCUGUAGAACUUCACCUAAGGGGAAAAAUUCUAAACUCAGAAUGAAAUCAAAUUGUAAGCAAAUCGUAUUUCUCAAUAUGUGAACAUAGUAUUUAGAAGAAACCUUAGUAGGAACUCAGUUCUAGGUAUAGCCAUAGAAGGUGAACAUGCCUCCGAGACUGUAUUUUCAUCAAUGGGGUAGGUCAACAGAAAGUGCCUGCUGUAUGUCUAAGAGCUAAAGCACCCCAGACACUUUUAUAAUGGUGGGAUUUUAUAACUAUUUUUUACAAAAUGACAAUGUGAUAAUGUGCUACUAAAAUUGUCUGACAGCACUUACAGUACAGAGUCCUCAUAGCCAUAACACUUAACUGGAAAGGCCACUUCAGAGAUGUUCACAUUCACGUGGAAGAUUGCCUUAAAGUUCGUCUCUGAUCCCUGACCAAACCAGCCUCUGGGGUACUUUUGGUUGUUGCCUGUGCAGCCCCUUAGGAAGAGCAGGUACCUUUCACACACACCACAGCUGUCUUAGCAUGAUCACUUACUGAAUUGUGCACGCAUAAGCCAGCGUGCAUUCACAUUGUGAUGUGUGGACUGCACAGUCAAAAUGUUCAUUAACUUUGUGAUUUUGUUUAUUUCAAGCAUUUUCUUAUUAAAAAUAUAUAUCUUUAGUUAGUCCUAUUCUGCUAUGCUGUCUCAUGAAGUAAAUUCACUGUAGUAAAUUCACUGAUAUUACAGGCUUGUAUACCAGGACAGGGCUGUUUUGUACCAAUGAACAGCAAGAUAUUGUCCACAUUGAUUUAAGAAUUAAAAACAAAGAAUUAAAAAAAAAACCCACACAUGA